UUUCUCUACCUUGAUUUAGAAACAUAUCACAAUUAAAGUACCUAUACCACCUUUCUAAUUAACAGGCUAUAGUACUGUCUUCACUCCUACCUUAUCCAAAAGAAGAAAAACAAGUAUGGGAAGAGCUCCUUGUUGUGACAAAAAUGGUCUCAAGAAAGGUCCAUGGACCCCUGAAGAAGAUCUUAAUCUUAUCAACUAUAUUCAGAAGAAUGGACCUGGAAACUGGAGAAACCUUCCAAAGAACGCUGGGCUACAAAGAUGUGGCAAAAGUUGUCGCCUCCGAUGGACAAAUUAUUUGAGGCCUGACAUUAAGAGAGGAAGAUUCUCAUUUGAAGAAGAAGAGACUAUAAUCCAACUACACAGUGUUUUGGGAAACAAGUGGUCAGCUAUCGCUGCUCGUUUGCCAGGAAGGACUGACAAUGAAAUAAAGAAUUACUGGAAUACCCACAUAAGAAAAAGGUUGCUUAGAAUGGGAAUUGAUCCAGUGACUCAUGCACCUCGUCUUGAUUUUUUGGACUUGUCUUCCAUUCUUGCUGCUAACUCCUCAUCUUUUUGUAACCCUUCACUUCUAAAUCUCUCAAGCCUUUUGGGUAGUACUCAACCCCUUUUCAAUCCAGAACUCCUAAGGUUAGCUUCCACCAUUUUAUCACUCAAUAAUAAUAAUAAUAAGCUAGACCAUCAAAAUAUCAAUCCCGAGUUGUUUAAUAAUCCCCAAAAUCUACAAGAAAGUCAUCACUUAUUUUCUAAUGGUCAAAUCCCACAAUUGGUACAGCCCAACAAUCAGUUUCUUCAAACUGCUCCUAUCUCAUCAGAAGGCUUUAAUAAUCCUAUGCUAGCUCCAAAUAAUGUUGAUAAUAAUCAAUCAAACAUGCCAAAAAUCAUCUCUUCAUCUUGUCCAAUACUUUCGAGCCAAGAAAAUAUAAUUUCACAACCAAACUAUGUGGACUGUAGGUCUAAUAAUAGCAGUACUAGUAAUAUUCCAAGCCUUAAUAUUGGUGAUUUUCCUGAAAGUUCAUACUUCCAAAACUUAUUGGAUAGUUAUAGUGAUGAUCAUCACGAGGCUUUUGGCUUGAAUUCUGUUAUGUCAACGCCUUCAUCAUCGACCAAUAAUACUACGGUCAAUAAUAAUAUCAACAGUACAAGCAGCACCGAGGACGAGAGAGAAAUUAGCUACUGCAGCAACUUGUUAAAGUUCGAAAUCCCUGAGAGCUUGGACAUCAAUGAUUUCUUGUAAAUUAAUAUUUAUAUAUAUACAUAUAAUAAUAGAGAUCGAUUAUAGUAUACUUAGCUAGACUGCUAUGAUAUACAUCAGCUAGAGUUUCUAGUCUUCUGUUUUUCUUUAUUUGAUGAGUUUUUGUUGAUAAACAUUUGUUUUAUUUGGUUUUCUUUCUUCCCUAGUUUUUGUAUCGUGUUCGUGUGUAAGUAGAUGAAGUUGAUGAAAUUAUUUUUUGGUUUUUUCAUUCACUUUAAUAAUUCAUAUUUAUAUGUAUUUAUAUUUCAUUUUUAAUCACAUAUACAUAUAUAUUUAUUUAUA